AUACUCCUCUUAAACCGCCAGGAACGCCAAGAAAAUUCUUGUUUUGAAUUAAAAUUUUGUAAAUAUUUGAAUAAACCCAAAGAAUACUCGUUUUUUAUAAUUAUAUUAGCAAUACACUUUUAAUUUUGAUUUUGCUCCUUGUUAUUCUAAGAUUUCCCUAAGGCACGAACCUCUAAAGCUGACCACCACUCACAUUAUUUUUUUGAAAAAAAACAGCUUAGUUAAUUUUUUAUCUUGCAUUGAGGGAAAUUAUGUGACUUUAAAUGUAAAAAAAUAUUAAUAUUUAAAAACGCAAUCAAUGUUUUUUGUCUCUUUCAAGUGUAGGGAGCCUUGCUUUUUACUUAUCUUUUUAUAUGAAACUAAUUUAGAACCUUUUUUUUAAAAAAGUGGCGAGGAAAUUAUCUUUCCGUUUUUGUGAAUUUUCUCAUUAGCAUUUGUUCUUCCUACUUAACAUUGGUACAAUUUCUUGAUUUAUAAAUGUGUAUUAUGUAAUGUUAUUUAUCCCAUUUGUGAUUUUCAGAGAUAUCAUUUCAAAAUGUCGCUUGCUAACGCUACACAAGCACACAGAGAGUCAUUACAACGUCAGACUCAGGCUGAUUGGGUGAAUCGUGAAUAUAUAGAGCUUAUUACUGGUUCUAUCAAGAGAAUUGCAGAUUUUCUUAAUUCCUUUGAUAUGUCCUGCAGAUCCCGACUGAGUGUGCUCAAUGAGAAGUUGACGACACUAGAGAGGAAGGUUGAUUACCUGGAGGCUAGGGUUGCCAAGGGAGGAGAAUCUCCGAACUAGGAGAAUCUCCGAACCAGGAGAAUCACCGAACUAGGAGAAUCUCCGAACCAGGAGAAUCACCAAACUAGGAGAAUCUCCGAACCA